CCUGUAGGCCAGACUUCUGGGAGCUCCCGGGCAGACGGCGUUUCGGUCCGGACCUACUCCUGCUAGUGUAGGCCUCCAGGUGAGGACUGUGCUGGGCGAUCUUGGGGGUUCGGGGCGGCACAAUGGAUCUUCAUUGCUCCACAUACUGCCCCGGCGUCAAUGCAGGUGACCUCACUCGGAUGGAAGAAUCUUCCAGAGGCUGGGCUGUUCCCCCUCCUGCCCAGAGUAUGGUCUCGCCGGGGAGAGCGGGCGGGGGAGCUCGCGCCGCGGACCGGACCAUCUGUACAGACGAGCGGGGAGUGCGUGUCCCCGCCUCACAAAAGGACUGGGCCUGGACCAAACCACACGAACUGGACUGAGAGGGGGAACGAAGAGGGCAGGAAGAAAUCCCGCCCCAAACUUCCACCUCCCUUUUCUCUACUUUGUAAUUUAUUGAUCAGUUUCCGAUGGGAGAUGGGUGCCCUUUCCCCGCGGGAAGGGAGCGGGGCUUCCCUCCCGGGCCGCAUGCUAGGAGAGGCUGCCCGCUCCCCUUUCUCCUCCCCAGUCGCGGGGCCCAAGUCUUCCUUCUUCGUCCGAAAGGAGGGGAGGGGGGACUCGCUGCUACAAGCCUCGCCCCACGUGCCACUCAUCCCCGCCCCGCCGCGUCAGGUCGCCGGUGCCUGGGGUCAGCUGCGGGCGGAGUCCCCCCUUCCUCCCCAGUGUCUCGUGUCCCCGGGGCCUCUCGGCCCCCCGUGCUGUGGCCGUGUCCGUGCCCCGGGGGUAGGGGGUGCUGAACUGCGCUCCCGGUUCCCCUCCGGCUCCGGGGUUUGCAUGGGAGAAUCCUCUUUCCACGAUGCCACUGGGCGGCGUGGCGUGGGGGGAGGGAGGACGGUGGGGGAGCCCUCGCCCGAGACUCUUGGUCGGCCUCCCUGCCCCAGGUGUCACUCAGUGAUCACGGGUAAAGAGAACUGUUUCAAAAAGCUCCCGUGUUGA